ACUAGUUUCUCUCAACUUUCCCACUUAAAAUCACAUGAACGUAUACAUACAGGGGAGAAGCCAUACUCCUGCUCUGACUGUGGAAAAUGUUUUAAAACAUUAUAUGAGCUAAAAGUUCAUCAGAGAACACACACAGGAGAGAAGCCUUACGUCUGCUCUGACUGUGGAAAAUGCUUCACAACAUCAACUCAUCUAAAAGUUCAUCAGAGAACACACACAGGAGAGAAGCCUUAUUACUGCUCUGACUGUGGAAAAUGUUUUAAAACAUCAAAUGAGCUAAAAGUUCAUCAGACAACACACACAGGAGAGAAGCCUUAUUACUGCUCUGACUGUGGACAAUGUUUUAAAACAUCAACUCAGCUAAAGGUUCAUCAGAGAACACACACAGGAGAGAAGCCUUUCUUCUGCUCUGACUGUGGGGUGAGUUUCUCUCAUCUGGGCACCUUAAAAACACACCAACGUAUACACACCGGAGAGAAGCCUUACGUCUGCUCUGACUGUGGAAAAUGCUUCAAAACAUCAACUGAGCUAAGAGUUCAUCAGAGAACACACACAGGAGAGAAGCCGUAUUACUGCUCUGACUGUGGAACUAGUUUCUCUAAAUUUUCCCACUUAAAAACACAUGAACGAAUACAUACAGGGGAGAAGCCUUACUCCUGCUCUGACUGUGGAAAAUGUUUUAAAAAAUCAAAUGAGCUAAAAGUUCAUCAGAGAACACACACAGGAGAGAAGCCUUACGUCUGCUCUGACUGUAAAAAAUGCUUCACAACAUCAACUCAUCUAAAAGUUCAUGAGAGAACACACACAGGAGAGAAGCCUUAUUACUGCUCUGGCUGUGGAAAAUGUUUUAAAACAUCAAAUGAGCUAAAAGUUCAUCAGAGAACACACACAGGAGAGAAGCCUUACGUCUGCUCUGACUGUGUAAAAUGUUUUAAAACAUCAACUCAGCUAAAAGUUCAUCAGAGGACUCACACAGGAGAGAAGCCUUUCUUCUGCUCUGACUGUGGGGCGAGUUUCUCUCAUCUGGGCACCUUAAAAUCACACCAACUUAUACACACAGGAGAGAAGCCUUAUGUCUGCUCUGACUGUGGAAAAUGCUUCAAAACAUCAACUGAGCUAAGAGUUCAUCAGAGAACACACACAGGAGAGAAGCCGUAUUACUGCUCUGACUUCUCCUAA